UGUAUUUUUGGUUCAAUUUAAUUACGUUGCAGGUUACGCUUUGAAAUGUUACAAAUGCAAUUCGCAAACAAUGGACGGCUGCAAAAAAGGAUCCGAAAACCUACAGGAGACCAACUGCAGCUUGGAGCACCCCGAUUUUAAUCAGUUUUGUCUGCUAAAAUUCGUAUACGAUGAGCAACAGAAUAAGGAUAACGUUCUCUCUGGUUGCGAAAUUGCUGCCAAAUCGACAAUUUUGAGUACGAAUAUGACUCAGUGCCAAACUGAUGGAAGAUACAGGGUGAAAGAGUGUAUCGUUUGUGAUACCGAGCUGUGUAAUUACACCAAUACCGGUUCAAGCAAGAAAACGUCAAUUUUCUGUACUGCGGUGCUCUUUGUACUAUACAAUUUCCUUAGGUAACUGAUGUACUUCAGAAACUACUUAACACUGGUACCUCAACUACUUAAAUGCCAAUUAAUCUUUGUACAUAAUUGUAUUUUUGAACAAAAAACGGAUUUAUUUAUUAAACCAGUAGAUAUCGCCA